AUGGCUUCUCCAACACCCGAGACCAAUGGCAAGACCAAGGAGAUCUUCUACGGCUACAUGUACGAUGACCCGAGACCAGACGAAAUCCCGAUACCAAAACCAAAGCCGUUGCUUGACGCGCUUUUAAGAGCUCUUGCUCUGCACAUUAUCAAUGACAUUGGAGAUAAAGAUGAGAAGCAUUUAGCUCCUGCCAAGAUGGCAGCUUUUUACAAGCUUGCAGGCCAUGACUAUGAUAGACUCUUUGUGAACAUGCCGCCUCAGUCCAUUUCCUUCAUCUAUCAAGUUCAAGGAUGUCAACAUAUGCUUUUGCCCACCGAGGACGACUUUGCGGCCCCUUCGAUUCCGGCACUUACUGUUAAAGGCUUUGCGAGGUGGCAGGCAAUUCAGAUCUUGCUAGAGCCACAAGUUCAUGUCCCGAUCAUUCAGUUUGCGGUCAAGAACUGGGCCCUGAAGCAUCCGGAGUAUGGGAGCGUGUUCCCAGACGACUUGCCAGCCACAGUUUUCCCCGCUGAUACCGAUCAAGAUACCGACCGGUGGCACCAAAGCUGUGCGACCAAACUUCGUGCUGAGGCGACAACCAGGGAGGAAGCGAAGGAAGCGAGAGAAGAACCCAGUGUUGACCCCAAAGCGAAUGCUUUCCCCGACGACAAGGUUCCAUUCUCACACGUCCGCCCCAAACCAUCCGUACCGCAGGAUUAUGAUUACUUCAACACACGCUCCGUCCCUGUCCCUGUUUCUUACGUUCGACCCCCUGAACCACGGACAGAUCGCUACGAUCCUCGCAGAUCCCCAGAGCGGCCUAGGGAACCGGAGCGUGAAAGAGGCCAUGAUAUUGACCCAGACCCUCUUGAUAUUGGCCGAGGCCGCUACGCCCCGCCACGGAAGGCUUUCCCGCCAGAGGAAGAACGUACCAGCCGAGGCCCCAGCUUCACUGAUUACCCGCACAUCAUCCCUCAGGAGACUCAGUCAAUGCAGAUCCCGCUUCGCACCGACCGAAUUUCAGUUCCUCGCCGGCACAGUCAACCCCGUCACUACAACAGCCCUUCCUCGUCCGACGCAGAAAUUGAACCAGCAACCUCCAGAUCCGGAAGGCGCCAUCACAGCCGAAGCAGCCGAGACUCGCGCGAGCCGCCCCCUGUGACAUCCCAUCGCGUUUUCAACCCCGAAGGUGUCCCCUCCUCCCGAGCCGCCCCCAUAGGCGGGCGCAGCAUCUCACCACGAUCUCACGGCGUUUCCACCAUCGGCGACGAUCGACGAAGCCGGUCCCGGAGUCAGAAGGACGACCGCGGAACCGGACCCGACAGAGCCGCAAGGGAGCUGUACCGCAACUCCAGACGCAAGUCGUAUUCGGACGAUGAAUCGGACCUGACCGAGUCGGAGGACGAGGUCGAGCGGCGGCGGAGAGCAAAGAGAUUGAGCAAGGAGAGCAGGAUAUUGGACCAGCGGGACAUCGACAGGGAGAGGGAGAGAGACAUCCGGAUGAAGUCCCGCGACCGCGACCGCGACCGAGAAAGAGACAGAGAAAGAGAUCGCGACCACGAGAGAAACCGGGUCCGAGACCGAAGCACCAGGGACCGGGACAGAGAUCGGUACCGUGACCUAGACAGAGACGACGACGAACCUACCUCGCGCCGAGAAAGAAGCCGCGGCAUUUCCACCGGCACCCUCCGCCGCGACCGCGAGCACCGCGACCGCGAGCACCGCGAGCGGCACGACGACGAAGACGAUCUAGACCUCUCACCACACAGUAGCCGCAGCGGCAGAGCACCACGCAAAGCCAGCGGUCCUGGUCCCAGCCCGUACCUGGCGCAAGCCGACCUCGAGAGAAGGACAGGCAGUCGGGCGGAUAUUGAUAGGAGGGAUUGGACCGGCGGUGCUGGCGGGUCGAUGCUUAGUGGGAGGGAAAGUGAUCGGUAUAGAGACAGCAGAGAUAGGGAUAGGGAGGGGAGGUGGGGGAGCAGAGAUGAUAUGCGGAGUAGGGAACGGCCGAUUCACAGGGAGAGGUUGAGUAGCCCGCCUUACCGGUAA